UCGCCUCUUCCUUCUCACUCGCUCGAUCUUGUUCUUCCUUCUCCUUCCCGAUAUCCUUAACCACGCAGCUCCAUAGACUGUCUUUUUCGCUUGUGGCUCAGCUCAAGACUCGAGCACAAGAUAACACUCUCUUAGAAGAGUCUUCUAAUAGAUUCUUUAGGAAGCUUUACCAGGUAGCAUCGAGCUCCCUCAACCUUUUUGGUCAUGGCCCAGAUGUCUGGCCAUCGUGAGAUCCUCAAGAGAAGGUGCAGGUUGGUGAACGGACCUCUCAUCGUAGGAGCUGGUCCUUCAGGUCUGGCUGUGGGUGCGUGCCUCAAGGAGCUCGGCGUCCCCUUCGUGAUCCUCGAGAGAUCCAACAGCAUUGCUUCCCUCUGGCGAAACCGCACCUAUGAUCGCUUAAAGCUCCAUCUCCCCAAGCAGUUCUGCCAGCUUCCCAAGCUCCCUUUCCCUGACGACUUCCCCGAGUACCCCACCAGGAACCAGUUCAUAGGCUACUUAGAGUCCUACGCUGCGCACUUCGAGCUGAGCCCACGAUUCAAUGAGACGGUACAGUCUGCGAAGUACGAUGACACAUGCGGUAUGUGGCGCGUGAGGACCACCGCGUCAGGCCCUGAGACCGCGAACAGGAGCGCCGAGGUGGAGUACAUUUGCCAGUGGCUGGCGGUGUCCACGGGGGAGAAUGCGGAGCCUGUGAUCCCGGAGAUGGAAGGACUGCGGAAGUUCGGGGGGCAGGUCAUACAUGCGAGCGACUACAGAUCCGGUGAGACGUACCAGGGGAAGCAGGUGCUCGUGGUGGGCUGCGGCAACUCCGGCAUGGAAGUCUGUCUCGAUCUCUGCCACCACAAAUCCUUCCCUGUCAUGGUUGUUCGCGACUCGGUCCAUGUUUUACCGAGAGAGAUUUUUCGGAAAUCCACAUUCGAGCUGGCUGUCUUCUUGAUGAAAUGGUUUCCGGUGAAGGUGGUCGAUAAGAUCCUGUUGGCCCUGUCCAGGAUGAUACUCGGGAACACCGAGAGGUAUGGCCUGAAACGACCUUCUCUUGGUCCCUUGGAGCUCAAGCACAUGCAGGGGAAGACCCCUGUUCUCGACAUAGGUGCGCUCAGAAAGAUCAAAUCUGGCGACAUAAAGGUAGUUCCUGGCGUAAAGGGGUUCUUGCAUGGCUCUGUAGAGUUGGUCGACGGUCGGGUCAUCGACGUGGAUUCGGUCAUUUUGGCGACUGGCUACUGCAGCAAUGUUCCUUCAUGGCUGCAGGACACUGACUUGUUCAACAAAGAUGGGUUUCCAAAGCAGCCAUUCCCUAGCGGGUGGAAAGGGAAGUCAGGGCUUUAUGCUGUUGGGUUCACAAGGAGAGGGCUCUCUGGUGCAUCCCAUGAUGCUGUGCAGGUGGCAGAGGAUAUCAGCAGGGUGUGGAAGGAGGAGACCAGGCAGGCAAAGCAUAUUGUUGCCUGCCACAGAAGAUGCAUCUCACAGAUCUGAUCAAGAACUUUGUAGCUCCUGCUAAUCUGCUGUCGCAGUGACAGCACAAUUGUAUAAGAAUCAGAACAGGAGAGCCUCUCUGAAUGCAGUCCAAGUUUUUCGGAUUCAUGCACCUUUCUCUCAAUUCAUCUCUGCUUUGCUUUUCUAUGUUACAACCAAUAUAUCAAUCUGGGAUCUAACCUUCCUUGUUAUAGCUAGAUGACAAGCACCUAUUUUUAUGUGGUUUGGCCACUACUACCCUGGAAGAUACUGCAAUCAGUCUGCAUAUUUCUCAGAGAUCAGAAACCUGCCACUUUUGCAGGCUGUGAAACAAAUCGAACACUGUGUGUGUCCCCAGGUCACAUGCUAAAGGCUCA